GGAAGUCUGUAAAGGAACUGAAGUAAACGUGAGUUCUGUUAAAAAGUCAAAUUAUUCAAAGUAGUACUGAAAUGGUAUACUACGUGAAUGUACGAUUUCGAAUAUAAACGGCUAGUUUGUAAACGUUCAGAUGUCAGGUUGGUUUAAUUACUACAGUUGCAGAGUUUGCUACCGAGCUGUGGCCACCAAGUUCACAAACAGUUCAUGAUCUACCGUUAGCUAGCAAACGUACCCAGCUAGCUAUGUUUUGUACUAUAAAACAAGCAUGUGAGAUGUAGGCUAUCGAAUACGGACUUGAUUCCUUAGCGAUUCUGUUUCGUGCUGACCUGGAGGCAAUUACUAUCACUGCAAAGUUAAAAAAAAAAACAGUAACAAUAAUAAUGGGAUCAUUGGUCCUGUCAGUAAUGCCUGGCUUGGAGACCUGCAAUGGCCCUGUUAAGGAUGGACUCAAACCUGCGUAGAAAGCUUCAAGAGAAGAAUGGCAAGGUUUCGCAGAAAAACCUGCUUGACCUUGACUGGGUUAAUACUCUUCAUAUUUGUUGUAAUAAUAAUUUUGAAAUCCUUGAGGCCGGAAGGUUUGGGGUUCGGGAGCCCAUUUGGUCUUGGGCUUUUUCCACAACUCAGAAGAGCAGAAGGGGACAACGUUCAGCCACAUGUUCCUAGGGACAUGGACGGAACCAGUGGCAAAAUAAGGUCUGAGGAAAGGGCCUCCGAACCCGAAGCUGCAUUGGGUCAGUUCCCUGCCCCGAAUUACAACCUUCACGUGUUUUACUACACGUGGUAUGGCAACCCGAAGUUUGACGGCAAGUACAUCCACUGGGACCACCCGAUUUUGCCACACUGGGACCCCAAAGUGGCGGCCGGGUACCCAAAUGGGAGGCACAGUCCUCCAGAAGACAUCGGGGCCAACUUCUACCCUGCCCUGGGGGUCUACAGCUCCCGUGACCCCUCCGUCGUUGAAGCUCAUAUGCAGCAGAUCCGGACUGCAGGUGUUGGUGUGCUAGCAGUUUCGUGGUACCCACCCGACAUGAGGGAUGACAACGGAGAGCCAACGGAUGAAAUUGUGCCUCUCCUUUUUGAUGUGGCCCACAAAUACCAAGUUAAGGUGGUUUUCCACAUUGAACCUUACAAAGGAAGGGAUGACCUCAGUAUGUACAACAGUGUUAAGUACCUCGUUGAGAGGUAUGGGGAGCAUCCUGCCUUCUAUAGACACAGAACCAGUAGUGGAAAGCUUCUCCCACUGUUCUACGUGUAUGACUCUUACCUGUUAAACUCGGACAAGUGGGCCAGCCUCCUCAAAGACACCGGCCGUCACACCGUCAGGAAUACCCCCUUCGACGGACUCUUCAUAGCCCUCCUGGUGGAGGAGAAGCACAAGAAGGAAAUCUUGGCCGGUGGCUUUGACGGAGUGUACACCUACUUUGCCACCAAUGGCUUCUCCUACGGCUCUUCCCACAGCAACUGGAGAACAAUCAAGAGCUUCUGUGACAGCAACAACCUGAUGUUUAUUCCCAGCGUGGGGCCUGGCUACAUGGACACCAGCAUCCGGCCUUGGAACUUCCAGAACACGAGGAACCGCAUUAACGGAAAGUACUACGAGACCGCAUUCUCUGCCGCCCUGGAGGCCAGGGCCGACGUCAUUUCGAUAACGUCCUUCAACGAGUGGCACGAGGGCUCUCAGAUCGAGAAAGCAGUUCCAAAGACAGCAGGGCAGACCAAGUAUCAGGACUACUUGCCCCACAAGUCAGAUGCCUACUUGGAGAUCACACGCAAGUGGGCGGAGAAGUUUGACAAGGAGCGGGAGAAGUGGUUGGUCUGAGUCUGUGUUGAGUUGUUAAGAU